AUGGACCUCCCUCCUCCUCAGAAACGAAAGCGCUCCGCAUCGCCUCCGCCGGCGCCGGCGACACUUCUGCCAUCCGCCGCGCCCUUCGACCUCUCCCUCCUCGAAGCCCUAGAGAAAUCCCAGCAGAACCCCAUCGAGACCCUCGACCUCAAAACCCUAAAGAAGCUAGCCCUCUCCCUCGAGCGCCGCCUCAACGCCAACACCGCCGCCCGCCUCAAGUACCCCGACAACCCGGACAAAUUCGCCGACUCCGAGCUCGAGCUCCACGAAGAGCUCCAGAAGCUCAAGAUCCUCGCCGGGGCCCCUGAGCUCUACCCCGACCUCGUCUCCCUCGGCACCGUCAACUCCAUCACUGGCCUUCUCAACCACGACAACGCCGACAUCGCCAUCGACGCCGUCACGCUCCUGCAGGACCUCACCGAUGCUGACGUCGUCGAGGAUAACGACGAGUCCGCGCAGGUUCUCGUCGACUCGCUCAUAGAGAAUAAUGCAGUGGAGCUGCUCGUGCAGAACCUGGCCCGCCUUAACGAUUCCGACCCCGACGAGUCGGCUGCCAUCUACAACACGCUGUCCACCAUCGAGAACCUCAUCGAAGUCAAGCCCUCAGUGUCCGAGCUCGUGUGUGAGAAGACCAAGCUGCUGAAAUGGCUCCAGGCCCGGAUCAAAGUACGCGAGUUUGACAGUAACAAGCAGUACGCAUCCGAAAUUCUGGCCAUUUUGCUGCAGAACAGUGCUGCCAAUCAGAAGAGGUUCGGCCAGAUGAAUGGCGUGGACACUUUACUGCAGGCUGUGGCAAUGUACAAGUCCAAGGACCCAAAGACUGGAGAUGAGGAGGAGAUGGUGGAAAAUUUGUUUGACUGUCUCUGUUGCUUGUUGAUGCCGCUUGAGAAUAAGGAGAGGUUUGUGAAGGCGGAAGGAGUUGAGCUGAUGAUUAUUAUUAUGAACCAGAAGAAAUCCUGCUAUGGCUCUGCAAUCAGGGCUCUGGACUUCGCCAUGACUAAUUAUCCUCCUGCGUGCGAAAGGUUUAUUGAUGUGAUGGGGUUGAAGACCGCAUUCCCUGCUUUUAUGGAGAAUCAGUUGAGUGUGAGUAGAAUGUUUGAUGAAAUACCUUUAAGUAAGAAGAACAAGAAAAAACACUACAAAGAAGAACUCGAAGAACGUCUCAUAUCGCUAAUUGCAUCACUAUUUGGUGGAAUAUUAAGAGGUUCUAGAAGGGAAAGGUUGCUGAGUAAAUUCGUAGAGAAUGAAUGUGAAAAGAUAGACCGACUUAUGGAGCUAUACAUGAGAUAUUCCGAUAGAGUGAAGGCAGAGACUGAACGGCUUAGUCAGCUUGAAUUUGAUGAUUUGGAGAUUGACGAAGAUGAGAAAUAUAGCCGAAAGCUGGACUCUGGGCUGUAUACUCUUCAGUUAAUUGCUGUUAUUCUGGGUCAUCUUUGGACCUCUGAGCACUCCCGUAUGAGAGCAAGAAUUGAACUCUUGUUAAAGCAGCAAAAGCUGACUAAGACUGAUGUUAAAGAUAUACUUCAGGAAUAUCAUGACAACAUUGGUGAUCUUGAUGGACCAGAAGAGAAGGAAAGGGCUCAGUCAAGGAUCUUGAAAUUUAUUUCUGCCCUUACGUGAGAGCAAGCAUUUUGGGGAUAAGCAAAAUCUGUUGAAAAAAUUUUUUGGUAUCGUUGUUUUCAUUUUAUUCCUUGGUGUCACUGUAACUGAGUUGCAUAUGUUGCUGCUCUUACUGAGAAACUUUACGUGCCAAACACCUGGGCAUUCGUGAUUUCCUGUAAAAUUAUUUUGUGUAGAAACUAAGUGUGUUCCCUGCACUUUUCAACCAUCAAUCAGAAAUUGAUAAGUGGGUUAGUGUGUUUGGGUGAUUUUGAGGAAAUUCUUAUUGAUGAUUAUUUUUAUUUUUUUUUAGUAAGAAAAUGGAAUCAAGAAGUUAAAAUUUGCACUGUUCAGGAGUAGCCAGUUUGCUGGCAAAUAGGACUUUGUUAAUCUGCUAUUAAUGUACAUGUACUGAAUGGGCAUCAUUGAGUUUAGUUUUUUUUUGUUUGGGACCUGCUCAUAGUUUAAUGGACAUGGGCUCCAGUAUUUGUCAGGAAUCUGAAUUAGUAUCAUGUCAAUUUCAUGAAUUAUAAAUAAAUUUUGAUUGUUA